UCGUCGGCGGCAGCAGCGAGGUGCUCAUCAUGUCUGGACGAGGCAAGGGCGGCAAGGGGCUCGGCAAGGGCGGCGCCAAGCGCCACCGCAAGGUGCUGCGCGACAACAUCCAGGGCAUCACCAAGCCGGCCAUCCGCCGCCUGGCUCGGCGCGGCGGCGUCAAGCGCAUCUCGGGGCUCAUCUACGAGGAGACGCGCGGCGUGCUCAAGGUCUUCCUGGAGAACGUCAUCCGCGACGCCGUCACCUACACGGAGCACGCCAAGAGGAAGACGGUCACGGCCAUGGACGUGGUCUACGCCCUCAAGCGCCAGGGUCGCACUCUCUACGGCUUCGGCGGCUAAACUCGUUUCCUGUAAAAGCCCAGCGCUUCUACAACACAAAGGCUCUUUUCAGAGCCACCCACAAAUCUCAAAAAAGAGCUUUAAAUC